UGUUUUGCUGUGGUAAUGGGUUUUCAUGGCUUUGUCGGCAGGUUACUUUUCUAUAUGCUUCCUAGAAAGAGAACUGGUGAAGGAGUGGUUGUAGAAGAAGAGGACAACGGCGCUGCGAGUGCAUCCUUUCACAAGAAGCCUCGGAUCGGUGGUUUCGGAUCUGCGGUGCUCACCGCCACCAACACCAGCGACUGCUCCAGCAUCGCUAUCCAGAGUAGCAACAGCAGCAAUUGCAACAGCAGCGGCGUGACGGGAUCGUCGAUCAUGGCUUUGGGCGACUCGGGUUCGGCGGAUAUUGAUGAGGAUCUUCACAGCAGGCAGCUCGCGGUGUACGGCCGCGAGACGAUGCGGCGGCUGUUUGCUUCCAACGUUCUUGUGUCGGGGAUGCAAGGCCUCGGCGCUGAGAUUGCCAAAAACCUUGUUCUUGCUGGUGUCAAGUCCGUGACUCUACAUGAUGUGGGGACCGUGGAACUCUGGGAUAUGUCUAGCAAUUUUAUUUUCUCUGAGAAUGAUGUUGGCAAAAACAGGGCUCUUGCUUCUGUUCAGAAAUUGCAGGAGCUCAACAAUGCAGUGGCCAUUGAUACCAUAACAACAGAGUUGACUAAGGAACAACUUUCUGACUUUCAGGCGGUUGUAUUUACAGAUACCAGUCUGGAGCAAGCUAUUGAAUUUAAUGAUUAUUGCCAUACUCAUGAACCUCCGAUAUCUUUCAUUAAAGCUGAAGUUAGAGGCCUUUUUGGCUCUGUCUUCUGUGAUUUUGGCCCAGCGUUUACAGUCGUCGAUGUUGAUGGGGAGGAACCACACAGCGGCAUCAUCGCAUCCAUCAGUAACGACAAUCCUGCUUUAGUGUCCUGUGUUGACGAUGAAAGGCUUGAGUUUCAAGAUGGGGAUCUUGUAAUCUUUUCGGAAGUUCAGGGUAUGAGUGAAUUGAAUGAUGGAAAACCAAGGAAAAUCAAAAGUGCAAGACCCUACUCAUUCAUUCUUGAAGAGGAUACCACCAAGUAUGCUACUUACGAAAAAGGGGGCAUAGUUACACAAGUAAAAGAGCCUAAAGUAUUGAACUUUAGGCCACUGAGAGAAGCACUUAAAGAUCCUGGUGAUUUUCUUCUCAGCGAUUUUUCUAAGUUUGAUCGACCUCCGCUUUUACAUUUGGCGUUUCAAGCCCUGGACAAGUUCGUCUCUGAGUUUGGGAGAUACCCUGUUGCUGGUUCAGAAGAGGAUGCUCAACGACUUAUAACUACCGCCACUACCAUUAAUGAGAACUUGGGAGAUGGGAAGCUGGAAGACAUAAAUCCUAAACUUCUCAGGCAUUUUGCCUUUGGUGCCAAGGCAGUUCUAAAUCCCAUGGCUGCCAUGUUUGGUGGGAUUGUUGGGCAAGAGGUUGUGAAGGCAUGUUCAGGAAAGUUCCAUCCAUUGUUUCAGUUUUUCUAUUUUGACUCAGUUGAGUCUCUUCCUGUGGAGCCAAUGGAUUCUAGCGAUUUUAGACGGCAAAAUUGCCGUUAUGAUGCACAAAUUUCUGUUUUCGGGUCCAAGUUGCAAAAGAAACUGGAGGAUGCCAAGGUAUUCAUCGUCGGAUCAGGCGCUUUAGGUUGCGAGUUCUUAAAGAACGUAGCCCUGAUGGGAGUUUCAUGUGGCAAUCAAGGUAAGCUGACAGUCACUGAUGACGACGUUAUUGAGAAGAGUAACCUAAGCAGGCAGUUUCUAUUUCGAGAUUGGAAUAUUGGACAGGCCAAAUCCACUGUUGCCGCUUCUGCUGCAACAUCAAUUAAUCCUCAUCUCAAGGUUGAAGCACUUCAGAAUCGCGUUGGCCCUGAAACGGAGAAUGUAUUUGAUGACACCUUUUGGGAGAAUUUGAGUGUCGUUAUCAAUGCAUUAGACAAUGUUAAUGCCAGGUUGUAUGUAGAUCAAAGGUGCUUAUAUUUCCAAAAGCCACUGCUGGAGUCAGGAACUCUGGGUGCCAAAUGCAAUACCCAAAUGGUCAUCCCCCACCUAACUGAAAACUAUGGUGCCUCAAGAGAUCCACCUGAGAAACAAGCACCCAUGUGCACUGUUCAUUCUUUCCCUCACAAUAUCGACCACUGUCUUACUUGGGCUAGAUCUGAGUUUGAGGGUUUGCUUGAGAAAACUCCUGCUGAAGUUAAUGCAUAUCUAUCCAGCCCAUUGGAAUACACAAAUUCAAUGAGCAAUGCUGGCGAUGCCCAGGCACGAGAUACGCUGGAACAUGUUCUUGAGUGCCUGGAGAAGGAGAGAUGUGAAACAUUUGAAGAUUGCAUUACCUGGGCUCGUCUAAAGUUUGAAGAUUACUUUGCCAAUCGCGUGAGGCAGUUGAUAUACACAUUCCCUGAAGAUGCUGCAACCAGUACAGGGGCCCCUUUCUGGUCAGCCCCAAAGCGAUUCCCUCGCCCUCUUCUGUUCUCAGCAUCUGAUAUUGGUCAUCUCUAUUUUGUUAUGGCGGCAUCAAUUCUUAGAGCUGAGACAUUUGGAAUUCCAAUUCCUGACUGGGUCAAGCAUCCCAUGAAGUUAGCUGAAGCCGUUGACAAGGUGAUGGUUCCGGAUUUCCAGCCAAAGAAAGAUGCAAAAAUAGUGACAGAUGAGAAGGCUACCAGUCUCUCCGCUGCAUCUAUAGACGACUCUGCAGUCAUCAAUGAACUGAUCAAGAAAUUGGAACAGUGCUAUAAGAUUCUGGCUCCGGGUUUCAAGAUGAAACCUAUUCAAUUUGAGAAGGAUGAUGAUACAAACUAUCACAUGGACUUAAUUGCUGGGUUGGCCAAUAUGAGAGCAAGGAACUACAGCAUUCCAGAAGUUGACAAGCUGAAAGCCAAGUUUAUUGCUGGGAGAAUUAUUCCUGCUAUUGCAACCUCCACAGCUAUGGCAACUGGUCUUGUUUGCCUGGAUCUCUACAAGGUUCUUGCUGGAGGUCACAAGUUGGAGGACUACCGUAACACGUUUGCCAACUUGGCAUUGCCUUUGUUCUCAAUGGCUGAGCCGGUGCCUCCCAAGGUCAUCAAUCAUCGUGAUAUGAGCUGGACUGUUUGGGACAGGUGGGUCGUCAAAGAUAAUCCCACUUUGAGGGAACUUCUCCAAUGGCUUAAAGAUAAGGGGCUGAAUGCUUAUAGCAUUUCUUGUGGAAGUUCCCUCCUGUAUAACAGUAUGUUCCCUAGGCAUAGAGAUCGAAUGGACAAGAAGGUGGUUGAUUUGGCUAGAGAAGUGGCCAAGGUAGAAAUCCCCCCAUAUCGUCGUCAUUUGGAUGUUGUUGUUGCGUGCGAGGAUGAUGAGGACAAUGAUAUUGACAUCCCCCAAUUAUCCAUUUACUUCCGAUAAGCUGCAUGUAUUUUCUUAGA